CUCGAGUCCGUAUGUAAUGUGGCCAAUCCUGCUUCCGGAAUCCUUACGGUGCACAUGUCGCUUUGGUCAAGUCUCCAACGAGCCAAUCGUCCGUCGGUCGAGUCGGUCUCUGCUCAAUCGAUUGCUAGUUGUUCGGUCAAGACACUUGGGCUUUGGGUCGUUGGCGGCCGGAAGCCACCGACCGAGCGAUCAAAAACACAGCAACCCACCGGACGCACGUUCCGGACUCGGAAUAAGAAGCACCGGUAGUCAUUCGAGGAUACCACGCACUAUCGCAAUCUUCCAGCGAUGCGCAGAUGGCUGGAAGGCGUCAUCGCCGAAGCACCUGCGGAGUUGCAGCAGGCAAUCUCGACAGGUUCCGACACAGGUUCCGACACAGGUUCUUCCGAUACUCAUUCGCACAGUACCGGCAGUGCGGCCGACACUUCCGACACGUCGGAUGACAAGACGUUGGAGCUGUGGCUGAGCAUCAGCAUCCCACUGGUGCUUCUACUGGCCUUUAUCGUUGUCAUGUUCUUCUGUUGCAAGCGGCAGAAGCGGAGGCAAGUGGACGUGGACCUAGAGGCUGGGUCUCCGACCUUGCCGAUCUACCACUUAGGCCGUCGGAGAGGCGCUCCGAACAACCGGAUGGUGUUGACGGACGAAGACGAAGAAGCGCUUUCUUCCUGGCGGAUUGACGCCGAGAACAUCGCUCCCAUUCGACCGCUAGGAGCAGGAGCGUACGGCACAGUCUGGCUCGCGACGUACUUAGGCGAGACGGUCGUAGUGAAGAAACUCAGAUGGCUGGAAGGCGUCAUCGCCGAAGCACCUGCGGAGUUGCAGCAGGCAAUCUCGACAGGUUCCGACACAGGUUCCGACACAGGUUCUUCCGAUACUCAUUCGCACAGUACCGGCAGUGCGGCCGACACUUCCGACACGUCGGAUGACAAGACGUUGGAGCUGUGGCUGAGCAUCAGCAUCCCACUGGUGCUUCUACUGGCCUUUAUCGUUGUCAUGUUCUUCUGUUGCAAGCGGCAGAAGCGGAGGCAAGUGGACGUGGACCUAGAGGCUGGGUCUCCGACCUUGCCGAUCUACCACUUAGGCCGUCGGAGAGGCGCUCCGAACAACCGGAUGGUGUUGACGGACGAAGACGAAGAAGCGCUUUCUUCCUGGCGGAUUGACGCCGAGAACAUCGCUCCCAUUCGACCGCUAGGAGCAGGAGCGUACGGCACAGUCUGGCUCGCGACGUACUUAGGCGAGACGGUCGUAGUGAAGAAACUUUCCCCGCCAAUGCCGCCAUCGCUUCCUCGAACGAAAUCGUGGCGCAAGAACAGCCGCCACAGCCGGCAAAGUGUCGGCGGGACGGGAGCGACGUCGGGCUCCAAUUCGAGAACAAGAACGAAAUCCCGGGGAUCACCCGGGGACAGCGCCUUACGCAGGUUUAUAGCCGAGAUCCGCUUCCUCGCGACCUUAAGCCACCCUAAAAUUGUGGCGUUCUACGGGGUCGCAUGGUCCACGCCGUCUAAAUUGGAUUCUGGGUCGUCGAACAACGCCACAGAUCUACAAAUGGUACUGGAAUUCAUGAGUGGCGGGGAUCUACGUCAGUAUUUGGCGCGUACGCGUAGCGACGUCCGAGCGCGCGCCUGGGGAUCGAGGAAAUUAUCCAUGGCGCUGGAUAUUGCCGAAGCUCUCGCGUACUUGCACUCUAGACAACCCAAACCGAUUCUUCAUCGGGACCUAAAAUCCAGGAAUAUCCUGCUGGAUUCCACAUUUACCGCCAAAGUGGCGGAUUUUGGAGUAAGUCGCUACGGCAUUUCUCACUCAUUGGAAGGCGAGGAUGACGACGACGAAGACUCGGGCGACCAGUUUGCCAUGACACGCUCCAUCGGCACUAGUCGCUGGAUCGCGCCGGAAGUUUUAUCCGGUGACGCCAGAUAUUCCACUGCCGUGGAUAUUUACUCGUUCGGAGUGAUUUUAUCGGAACUUGACAGUCACGAGUUGCCGUUCUCUGAAGUAACAUUGUCCAAUGGACAGCCACUGCCGGAAAGCGCCGUGCUCGAGCUACUUCGCACUGGGGCGAUCCGUCCGUCACUGUCCGAUCGCUGUCCACGAGGCGUGGCGAUGCUCAUGAUGGAGUGUUUAACACUCGAGCCGACGCUGCGUCCUACGGCUGCAAUGGUGGCUGGAAGAUUGCGAACUUUGCUGGAACGCGAGCGUCGUGUCAGUGAUAUUGGCGACGAUGUGAGUGUGAGUGACCAGAAUUCGUUCCUCGGCACGCGUGAUGAUCUCGCGAGCGUUUACAGCAGCAGUUCCAGUAUGUCCAUCGAGCGUGGAUUCAACUACGCAGUGCUCGAAGAACGGUAGCCGUACCAACCUUGAACUUAAUUUAUAAGCGCUGGCAUCGCUAGCGCCAUUAUUGACCUAGAAGCGUCAUUUUAGAGACACAAAAAGAGAACUCGGUAUAAGAGUAUGACAGCAAUACCCACAGAUUGAGCUCAAAAGGUCCAGCCAAAGGAUUCUUGAAAUCAGGA